AUUCCUUCUUCGUGCAACGACGACCCUUAACGUUCUUCGUUGGAAACCAAAAUAAAAUAAUAUUAAAAAUCAUUGACGAUUUGGGAAGUUUUUUAAUCCUAAGCAACACCCGAUUUGAUCUGGCUCGAGUACAAUGGAUGAAGAUUCCAGCUUUUCUGGUUUGGACGAAGAUUCCGGCAGCAAUAGCAAUUGUGAAUCGGCGGUAAUGAGCGGGUGUUUUUACUUGGAUCAUGUCGGGGAUGUUUUGCUUACACGUAAUCAACAUGGUUUGUCCUGGAAAUGUCUGGAUUCUUCAGAUUGUGAGGGAACGACUUGUUUGGGAAUUGGAAGUUGGGAGAACACUGAAACUGAGAUCAAAUUCUCCGAUAUUUAUGCCGUUGAGUUUGAUAGCUACGGUUUGGUGCAUAGUCCAAAGUUAGGCCUUGGACAUGCCAAAGAGUGUUUCAAGAAACGCUUGUUAACUACUCAACAGAUGUAUCGGUUCACUGUGCACGGGUUUCAAACUUCACCAAAGGAGCCCUGUCUUUGGAAACUUGCUGCAUUCACUUUUGGACAUAUGGAUUUGCAGACGUGCCAGAGCUGGAUGGAUCUGUUGAAUUAUACUUUGAUCAAGGAAGUUGAAAGACCAAGGAAUCUAUUGGUAUUCGUCCAUCCGAAAAGUGGCAAAGCAAGUGGGCUCAAGAUAUGGGAAACUGUUUCCACGAUUUUCAUUCGCGCUAAAGUUAAUACUAAGGUGAUUGUAACAGAACGAGCAGGACAUGCAUUUGAUGUAAUGGCAUCUAUCCAAAACAAAGAACUCCAUUCAUAUGAUGGCAUCAUAGCUGUUGGUGGAGAUGGUUUCUUCAACGAAGUCCUUAAUGGAUAUCUUUUGUCAAGGCUCAAAGUCCCUCUUCCACCAAGUCCUUCUGAUUCCUUUAGUACUGUUCAAAGUAGAGGUAGCACCUCAGUUCCAGAAUCAGGAGAUGCAGUUCAUGAGAGUGACCAAAAGGAACACUUUCCUCUUCUUCACGAUUCAGUUCAAGAGGUCAUGAAUUUCAGGACAGUCAAUGGCUCAUGUCAAGGAACUGAAGAUCCUGAUCAUCCCUUCAAUGGUGAAAGGCCUAGAUUUGGCCUCAUUCCGGCAGGUUCAACUGAUGCAAUAGUUAUAUGCACCACAGGAGCCCGUGAUCCUGUAACAUCUGCGUUGCAUAUCAUUCUAGGUCGAAAGCUCUUCCUUGAUGCAAUGCAGGUUGUGCGGUGGAAAACAACACCAACCUCACCGAUUGAACCUUUUAUUCGUUAUGCAGCCUCAUUUGCUGGAUACGGGUUUUACGGUGAUGUUAUUUCAGAAAGUGAAAAGUAUCGAUGGAUGGGUCCUAAACGCUAUGAUUAUGUUGGAACUAAAGUAUUCUUGAAGCACAGAUCAUAUGAGGCAGAGGUGAUGUAUGAAGAAGCAGAGAACGCCAAGGCUUCACCACUCACGCGGAGCAAGACAUGGCCAUUUCGAAGUACAACAAGAACAGAGAAGAUACUAUGUCGUGCAAAAUGCAGCGUUUGUAACAAUAAGGCAGAGGAUGGUAGUAGUAUGCGUGCCUGUCAAGAAAAAACAAGAUGGUGUAGAACGAAAGGGAGGUUUCUGAGUAUAGGUGCUGCAGUGAUGUCAAACCGAAAUGAAAGAGCACCUGAUGGUCUUGUUGUGGAUGCACACCUCUCAGACGGUUUCCUUCAUCUCAUACUCAUCAAAGAUUGUUCACGUCCCAAGUACUUAUGGCACCUCACUGAGCUUGCGAAGAAAGGCGGGGAACCUUUAAACUUUGAGUUUGUGGAAUAUCACAAGACACGAGCGUUCACGUUUACUUCGAUUGGGGAAGCUGAGAGUGUGUGGAACUUAGAUGGAGAGAUCUUUGAGGCUCACCAUUUGUCAGCUCAAGUCUUGCGUGGUCUUAUACCUCUGUUUGCCUCUGGUCCCGAGGUAUAACAACAUUCCAUGUGAAUAUGGUCUUUAUGUGGACCUAAGUGAAACGUAUAUGAGAUUGAAACUAGAUAAAUUAUGAUAAUGGACAUGGCAAUAAAAUCAGUAGCAUAUAUACAUCCAAAGGAAUUCAAUGUAUGUAAACGUUGCCAAUUUUCAGUAUAUGAACUCAGAGCUGACUUGUCUCUGUGCAACAUUUUAAAAGAC